GGAUUAGUUCGCGUAGCCGUCAAUCAUGAAGCAAGGCGUUACUUCCAAGACGUUUGUGGCGCAAACAUGGCAGAGAACCUUAAAGACCUCAGCAGACCUCAAAUGUUUUUAUUUGGCUGUGUGCUGAAGGCUGAUAAAAAAGAGCACAAAGUCGAGGUAGACGAUGAUGAAGUUGACCACCAGCUGUCACUGAAAGCGGUGUGUCUGGGAGCAGAAGCAGAGGAUAAGUUACAUACAGUGGAGAUAGAGGGAGUGACUUACGAUGGCAAGACGACCAAAAUCCCUCUUGCUGUGCUGAAGCCAUCUAUUCUGCCUUCUCUAAGUUUAGGGGGUUUUGAAAUCACUCCCCCAUUCACGUUCCGUUUGCAGUCCGGAGCUGGCCCAGUCUACAUCAGUGGGCAACAUUUUGUCAGUGGUUUAGGCAUGAAGGAGUCUGAUGAUGAGGAAGAAGAAGAAGAGAAUAACACAUCACCUGUGAAGAGACCAUCCAAUAUGGCCAGUGGAAAAGUGCCACUGAAGAAGCUCAAAAUGGAUUCGGAUGAUGAUGAUGAUGAUGAAGAUGAUGAAGAUGAAGAUGAUGAUAGUGAAGACGAAGAGGAUGAUGAUAGCGAUGAACAUGAUGAAGAUGAAAAGCCAGUUGUACCAAGCCCCAUCAAACCCUCGUUGAAAGCCCCAGAGAAAAAGAAGAGUGCAGACAAACAGAACGGCUCACCAGGAAAAAAAGAUGACAAACCAGGGAAGCCUCAGAGCCAGGUUACAAUAAAGGGGAAAGACAAGACUGGAGCAGGUCCUUCUGGGAAGACUCCCAGCAAGCUGAGCAUAAGUGAGGUCAAGAACAGAUUAGCAGCUGCUGCUAAAGAGGGCAAGCCGUUUCCAAAAACAGACCAGAAAUUUGAGAACUACGCCAAGCACACUUUCAAGAUCUUGGAUAAACAAGUGAUCAAAGACCUUUGGAACUUUGUACAAACACUGAAAAAGUAAUGGCAGCUUUUGUGACUCGUCCCCCUUUUGCGUGCCCCCCCAUGUACCAGAGGACUAUCCAGUGAUGGCCUUCAGCUGUGAAUUCUGGCUUCUCCUACUCUCAUGGAAACCGUCCAUUUUCCUCUGUGUGUAAUGAGACUUGCAAAAUAUAAAGACACUGAGUAGUUAAAGAGAGCUCAUUACCUUGUGUUAUUCUAAAGAAACCCACCAAAGUGUUGUGGAUGUGUCGAACAUAGGAUUUCCAUCAAUGGUGGUAAAUAUUGUAUGACAGCUAUGAAGUAGCUAGGGUAAUUUGUGUUGAAAUACAUCUGUGGGGUUAACUACAGUAUAAACAACAAUUUAAGAAUUGGAAGAAUAUUUCUGAAGGAAUCUCCUGGUGUAUCCGAGCAGGUUAGCCUUUUGCUUCUCGGCAGCUUUUCUUGGAAUAGUUUUAAAAUGGCCGUCAUUUGCUGUAAAUAGUGCUAUUCAUUUUAAUGUAAAAACAUGGCAACUGAAAUAUAGCUGUAGAUUGAGUCUGCUUCUGAGUAUUCCGUCUGGCCCACAAUGUUCCGUCUGACUGAGGAUUCCAUCUGGCUCACAGUAAGCCUUGUAGCUCCGAAGAUCCCAUUUGGCUGUGCUUCUAUAGCUCUCUGUAAGGUGGAAAUCUUGGUUAGCCAAGGUAUCUUUGCCUAGGUACUGUAAUCAGAUAAAGUGAUCUUUUAAGGGUUUCUAGCGAUCUGUUGCCAGAAUAUGACAGCUAAGAUAUUCAUUGGCUUAAAUUGUGAAACGAUUUCACAGAAGCAUUCCAAUUCAUUUAGUGCUUUGAAUUCCAGAGGUAAUGCUAAUGUGCAUUAUCUUUUCAGCAUUUUUCUAGUAUUUCAUUUUAUUAAUGCACUCCUGAGUUUGUCUUUUGUUGUAAUUCUACUGUAAUAUUUUAAAUAGGAUUACUUAAUCCUUUACAUCUUCUAAUUGUAUUUGCUUAAUGUUGUAAUUACUCACUGAUGUUUCAAAGGGGAUUUAACCCAGAAUGUUUCAAAUGUUUUAACAGUUAACAUGGAGGGGAGCAAACAUAAUCUGAUUUUUUACCUAUGUGUAAAAUACUUGAGGCCUCGAAGCAUGGUAUUUCGAAUGCAUUUGUGUAGUUGGUUUUAAGACUAACCUGACAAGGCCACAUUUUUCUCACAGUUAUGCAUAAGCACAACGAUUCCCUAUAAUGUUACAGCUUGAAUCCAAGUUCCCAUUGCCCAGUAAAUUGGCACAAUCUCUGGACUGUCCAAACAAAUUACAGUGCUAUAAAACCAGUCUCUCGAAUCAUCUAGUAGUCAUUAGCCAUUUUUUUCUAUGUGAAAUACAUUAUAGUAAAGAGUCUUUGAAAAAACUGCAUUUUGCAGUUUGACUUAUCCAUGCUUUUUUUUUUUUUUUUUACUUACUUAUUUCAUCAGCAUGAAAGGAAUAAAUAAACCUGCCCCAGACUGUGUCUCGUUGUCUUUGUUCUGCAGGCAGGUUUUAUGGUAACUGCUGUUCACUUAGUUUGUCUGUGCUGGCACCUGACUUGUGCCACAUGCAUCUCACCCAACAGAAACCUUCUUUCAUGGUGGUCAUGAUGGAUCCAGAUUGGGAUGAAGAUGGCUUCCUUAAUGUGCUGAAACACCUUUUACACGUACUUGCCUAAACAUACAAUUCAUUACUCAGAUUAAGUUCUGAACAAGCUGUGCAUGCUGUGCUAUAAAACAGCUGGCCUGGGUUAUGCUAUAGUAUAUGUGGGUUUUAUUGCAUAAUUUCUCAUGUGGUUUUGCCUCCAUAAGUGAAAUGAGCUACAUCAUCAUGUAUUCACCACGUGGUGGCGAUAAUAGCUUGUGAUGGUGGUGAGAUAUGAUUUAUGUCUACUAAUAUAGCUUAAGUAUCAAUAUCCCAUUACCUAGAUAAACAUUCUGCCUCUUUUUAAUAUUCCUAGUGGCCCAUUACAUUUGCAUACAUAUUCCUGUAUCUGUGUUCAACAAGUGAGCUCAGCUUGUGCAUAGACAUCCUUAUAAAGCCACAAGGUAUAUGGAAUUACCCCUUUUCCCUCUUGCACAGAGCACAUAUGCUGAGAAAACAUCAAGGUUAAUCAUAUCUGAGUCACCUGAAGUGCUGUAUAUUUGAUCCACUGUCUGAGUUGUAAAUGAAAUUAGCAGCAGAUAUUGUAAAUGCUAAAAAGUCAACGAGACAGGUUCACAUUCAAAGACCUCAUAAGAUGCAUAUCUGAAUGUUCCAGAUCAGACAUUAAGAUGAUGUGUCGAUCACUGUUGGACCUCCAUCAGUAUUUUCAUUGGUCUUAGAGAGGUGUGCUAAGAACGCUAUGUCCCUGGGAUCUAAACUUUCUCCCUGGUCAGGCUUGAAAUAAGAACUGGGCUUGAAAUGUUGAAAUCCUGAGAAGCCUUUUCUGUGGUUUUCAACCUGUGUGCUGUCAAUAAAUGUUUUUUUUUUAACUGUUAAACACCUGCUAAAAUGAUG